CCGCCCCGCCCCGUGACGUCAGGACGUCAGCGCCGCCGCAGCCGUCGCGGCGCUCACAAGAGUGUUUUCCCAGUAUCGUAGGUGAUAGCUGAUGUUCACGUGGAGUCUUCAGCCAUGGCCUUGGGUUUAAAGUGCUUCCGCCUGGCCCGCCCUGCCCUUUGCAGCUCCCUUGCGGCCUUGACCAGACCUGCUUCAGAAGCAAUGCUGAAGACAGUGAGCGGGAAACAAAGUGGCUACAGGCAAGACAUGGCCCGUCCAGCUGUACUGUCCCGUCAUUUUGCUACCAAGAAAGCCAAAGCCAAAGGGAAAGGACAGUCUCAAACCAGAGUGAAUCUUAACACUGCCUUGGUCGAGGACAUUAUCAGCUUGGAAGAGGUGGAAGAAGAAAUGAAGUCUGUUUUGGAAGCACUCAAGGAUAAUUUCAAUAAGACGGUCAACAUAAGGACUGCACCAGGGUCCCUCGAUCACAUCACUGUGGUGACUGCUGACGGGAACUUUGCUUUAAACCAGAUUGGCCAGAUCUCCAUGAAGUCGCCACAGCUGAUUUUGGUGAACAUGGCCAGCUUCCCAGAGUGUACAGCUGCAGCUAUCAAGGCUAUAAGAGAAAGUGGAAUGAAUCUGAACCCAGAAAUGGAAGGGACGCUAAUUCGGGUACCCAUUCCCAAGGUAACCAGGGAGCACAGGGAGAUGCUGGUGAAACUGGCCAAACAGAACACCAACAAGGCCAAAGACUCUUUACGGAAGGUUCGUAGCAAUGCGAUGAAUAAGCUGAAGAAAUCAAAGGACAAGGCCUCGGAGGACACCAUUCGACUCAUAGAAAAACAGAUCAGCCAAAUGGCCGACGACACCGUCACAGAGUUGGACAGGCACCUGGCGGUGAAGACCAAAGAACUCCUCGGAUGACAGUCCACCAGGGCUUCUCUGGUGGCUCCCCUGAGUGACAAAUUGACAUCUCUCUGCCCGUCCACAGGGAUGGCUGUCACCAUGUCCUUGUCAGUCCCCCUGGGGCCCCACCUUCCAGUAGGACACUUGGACUUGUUUAUUCCCUUCCUGCUGUCCCCACCCAGCCACUCUUCUCCGGGGCCUGGGACCUCUGGCAGGCGUGGCGCUGACUGCUGUUCUAACAGUCGGGCCCUGUCCCCAGUGCUAAGCUUAGCUUGGGCUGGUGUGGGCCUUCCCCUGUCACUGGACGGCUCUGCUAGAGGCCGAUUUUCACCAAACAGUGAAGUGAAAAUGAAUUGGAAAGAACAACAGCCACAAAGGAAUGAUUGAGUCAGUCUGGGUUAACGAUUCCCGAGGCCCUGUGUGUAAAGCAGCCAGAACAACGCUUUGCCCUCUGAGCUGUCUGCGCUCGCUCCGUUCGCUGCCUGGACCCUUCUUCCACGCCUCGCCUGGCCGGUGGUGUUCAGCCUUCACGGCACAGCUGGGCUGGUGCUUCCUCGGAGUCUCCCUUCCCACCGGCUGAGGACCCCUGCUAUUGUUGGCUGUCAGACGCUGUCUGCUCGUCUCGUCUGAACCUUAAUUGUUCUUUUUGAUAAUUAGUCUGUAUACUUUCUGCAUCCUCAGAACUUGACAUAAUGCCUGAAAUGCAGUAGGCACUCAGUUAUGAAUGAAUUGUGCAUAACAUUUGAGCAACAAAUGCUGGUUUUUCCUUUCUUUCUAGUCUUAACAGUAUUCUGCCAUUUUCUGCUCUUGCUCUGUCCCCGAUAUGUACUUGGUCAUGAGACACCUUUUUCCCAGGGUCUGCCUGUCAGUGGCGGGCAGGUAGUGUGUCGUGGCUCAUCUUUGGGUACUGGGCGAAGUUAGUUUUUUUCCCCCUACUAGUUUUUCUUUUAAUCAUUCAUUUGUUCAUUCAUCCAUUCAUUCAUUGAUAAUAUAGCCAUGAUGAACUAGAAAUAGUCCUAGGCAACAUUUUUUAUCUUCCCAGUAUACUUGCAAGGUGUGUAUUAAUUCCAUUUUACAAAUAGGAAAACUGAGACCUAACAAUAUUAGGUCAUUUGCCCAAAGCAACGAAGUCAGUAAGAGGGGUUCACUCUUCAUCGUCAGCCUCCUCGUGCAGAGGGGGAAGCACCGGGAGAGGUGCGGGCUCUUGCCCAGGGUCCGCGGCCAGCACGUGGCAGAGCCGAGAUUCAGGCUGAAGCCUGAUCCGCCGCGUGUGCUCCACCUGCCGUGUCCCGCCGCCUCCACAAACAUUCACGGAGCCCCAGUUCUGUGUCAGGUACAGCGCUGCACACUGGGAAUACAGAAUCGGGCAAGACGUGACCCCUGUCUUUGAGGGUGCAUGGGGUACUGGACCAACUUGCUAUUCGUAAUGUCGUGGGUAAGAAGUUCAUCCUCCUCUGCCAAGCAUCUGCCUUUAGAAGGAUACCCACUCCGGCAGCAGCAGGACCCAGCCAUGACCCUAUGAAGCAGCUUCCAGCUUCUCUGAUGUUUGUCUCCUCUGGGGCUCCGUUCCUGGAGGGGGUAGGGGUGCCCUUUGCCCUCUGCUUGCACUGGUGGAGCAGGCUGUGCAGCCCUGCGCAGCAGCCAGUGGGGACUCAAGGGCAGAGUUAGGUCAAAGGUGGGAGAAGCUGACCCCGUGUCCUGCCCUGCUUACCUGUACCCUGUUCCCCAGCCCUGAGUAGUCCCCAGACGACUAGCAGUCAGCUGAAGGAAGAACAGGUCGGAAAGAGCAAUCGAGGCGCCUUUUGGGGGGCAAACCACAUGGCGAGGGCUCUGCAAGUCUUUCGUGAGUGGAUGAAAUCCCCCACUCACUGCAAAUGUGCUUCCCUAAGAUGCAGGAUUUUUUAAUAAACAGAGGAAAUGAUAAAUUAUGUUGUAACUCCACUCCAAAGGCAUUUGGUUCUUAACAGCCAAAUCCUCUGUAGUCUUUAAAUAAACAAAAACUUAUUUGGUGAGCAGACGGGGGGGAAAUUGAAAGAUUUUCUGUACUUGGGCUCCACAUGUCAACAAUUUCUCUCCUGUGUGUAUGUUGGCCAAAGCCGUGUAUCAUGAUAAAUGAAUAAAGGAAAACCUCAGGCUCAGGGCCGUCAGACAGCUCAGCAAAUGGCUUUCAGCUGAUGGCUCUAUUUCAGUUGACAUUUAUCAAAGAGUUUCCCUGUAACUCCGUGUGUCAGGGCUUCGGUGGCGGCAGGGACGAGAGGGAGCCAACCUCUUUGGGUGUGCUGAGCAAUGAGCGGUUCGUGUCCCCCCUCUCCCUCCUUCACUUUCCAUCUCUUGUAAAGUGGAAAGCUGGGUAUGGAAAUUCUCACCCUUGCCAGAGGAAUUAACCACCUCUUCUACUCAGUUCUUUAGCUUUCAAAGUCUCAUGAGAAAUACAGGCCAAAGAGAAUU